UAUGGUCGAACUUCGACCACUGGACCACCACUAGUUAUUAUAAAUACCACUAUGGUGUCAAACAAGCGUUCGGCUCACCCGAUGAGUCCGAACGACGGCACAGCGAUGCUAUUUGCAGAUGAAUUGAAGCAGAUAGUCGAGAGGUACAUGUUCGGGAUAUGUCCACAGCCUUAUAAGUCGCGUUGGUCGCAGAUGGUGAGCAAGAAGAACAGUACCACGCCCGCGUGUGAUCUCGACGCCGACCAGCAGGACCUCGCGGGCAGGCUAGCGACACUAGCGCUCCGAGCGCACAGCGUGUCCCGGACAGACUGUUCUCGGUUCGGGGCCGCGCUCGCGAACACGCUCGGCGAGCUCGCAAGAACAGCCUCCAACAGGCACGGCCUGGCUGUUGCAGCGGCGAAUGAGAAAAAACGUAAGUUAUCGAAAAGUCAGAAAGCGAAAAUCGCAGCGAAACAGCGGACAGCGCUCGCUGUCAAAAAGAAGGCAGCCGCCCUCGCCGCAGCGGCCGCUGCCAAGAUGGCCGCCUAGUGUCCAGAGAAUUAACAAACUACUCCAUUUUACAAACAUAGUUGUUUUUUAGUAAAUUAUAUAUCUAAUACUAGCUGACUCGGCGAUCAUCGUAUCGCCAUAUUUUUUUCCGCGAAUACAUCGAUUUUUAUAAAAUUUCCAUUAGUCCAAACUUUGUACUGACAAAAAAUAAUGUUUCUUAGAACAUAAAAAGAGAAUUAUCCAAUUUAUUGCAAACGGUAAGAAGUUAUUCACGUAUGUACAUUACUUUGAAUAUAAUUAAAUUAAUUCCAAUCCAUAAUAGAGGCCACUAGUAUUUUUUUUAACUUUAGAGAAAAUCACUGUUUAAAAUAGCCUCUUGAUUUAUUAACAUGCGGAAAUUAAUCCAUUAAUAUUUUAAACAUCUUAAAUUAUUACACUAAUUUAUUACAUAUUAGUAUUAUAACACGAUGUCAGAAACAUUGUACAAGUUAUAUUUUUUUCCAAAUAAAAAAUUACGAUAAAUUAAAAACACGAACAAAAAUUAAUAGUUCUUUUCAAUAGUUGCUAAGUCUUAUUUAAUCACUAUUAUCAAUCUAUUCUUUCAGUUUAAUAAAAAUAUUUACUUUACAAUCUAACAUAUUGUGCAUUGAAAGAUUUAUAUUCAGUGCUGUUUUAUGUAAAAUUCGAUUAAUAACCAAAUGUUGGGUUAAAAUUUUAUAAACUAUUUUAUACGUAAGACCUAUCAUUAGCCAAAUGUUGUUUAGUACAAUUUGCUAUGUAUAGUUAUUUGUGCUGUUGGUUUUCCGAAUCAUAAAUAAAUAAAUACAUGCUACAUAAA